AACACUAUCAGUAAGCUUUGGAUUUGGUUUUAACUUAGUACUACAUAUAUUGAUAACUUGAGUUUUUCAUGUGUUUGUGCAGCUUGCCAUUGUUACAAUACCAUUUUAGUAUUACAGUGAUGAAAACUGAGAAAAGAAAGAAUUGUUUUAAGACACCCUUGCCGUUGACUCUUCAUAACAAUUUAAUUGAGGACCUUGGCCUUAAGUUGGCAGAUGUUUGUGAUGUUCUAGACCUAGUGCAGAUAGCUGUGAAAUUUCUGUCUACUACUGGAGGAAAUGCUGGAAGUUCUUUAGACAGAUACUUGUUUGAUGAUUUACAUUACCGAAGCAGAAUUGGUCAAAAGUGUGAAUCCUUGUCAAAGUGCACUCUAGGACAGGUGUUACACCUGUGGCAGAUUCUGAGUGAAAGAAAAGCUGAACUUGUAUACUUGACUCAUCAGGAUCCUUUUGAGCUAAUUCCAGAAGAUUUUAAAGAACCUAUUGAUGAUGCAGUGAAAAAGUGCUUGUCAAAGGUGUCCUGGAGAGAAUCCUCGUGUGUAUGUACCAUUCUUUAUAGAUACAUCAUUGGUUAUCUACAUAAGAAGCCCGUGAAUGAGGAGACUGGGAAAGAAAAUUGGCCCUUAAGAGAUACACUUAUUGCCUAUUUAGAAGCUGAAGAGGAAGAUGUACCUACUAAAUCCCUCAACCAUUUACCAGAGGAACUCUUUCUUAAACAUUCAGUACAAACAUGGAUUACUUUGAUUGAGGUUAAAAAAAUGAAUAUGUCCCAAGUUUAAAAAUUGAACACUAGGAUAUAUCUAUCUAUAUAUAUUUGAGUUCACAUACCUCAGCUGCCAUGGUCACAGAAUUCAUUUAUAAAUUGUCAGAAAUAAUACUUUGUCAAAUAUUUUUAUUACCUUGAACUUAAAAAUGGAAAAAACAAACAAAAAUAGACUUGAGUUAAUAAUGGGAUAAUGAUGAUUUAAGUGGUGUUUAGGUUAAUUUCCAAAAAAAUGUCUACUUUUGAGGACUUUUUGUUGUAUCUUGAAGUUACGAAUUAACAUAAAAAAAUACCAAGUUUUUUUUUUCUGCUUUCUGUUAGGGUCUUGUCUGAUUGGAUAAAAUUUUAUAAAUCUGUGUUUAAAAGAAUCAUGAUUUAAUUGUUUUCACAAUAAUCUUUACUUGUAGUAUUAAAAAAGUCCACGGUUCGCUUAUAUUAUAGUAUUUUUUUAUAUUGCUGAGGAGUUUUUCAAGCUUCAUAAUAUUUAUACCUAUUUUAACAACCUGUGAUUUUUAAAACAAAGUUUACAAUUUUGCCUUUCAAUUUAGAAACAGUAUUAAAAGCAUAUUUCUUUUCUUCUUACUAACUUAGUCAAGAUAAUUUUUUUUAUGACAAUGAGUAUGUUAUAUAUAGUUUUUUAAAUUAUAUUAGUUCAUGUGUGAAAGAAUCAGUGCAGACAAAUCCAAUUUUUUUAAAACUUGGUAUAAAACAAGCUGGCUGUAAACCAGUAAUGAAACCGAACCAUGUAUUUGUUUAUAUUUUAAUAUACUGUUUCACAAUUGACAAAUAAGCUAAUAUCAUUAAAGAAGGUUCCUUUUUCUUUCUCGUAUUUUUUUGUUCACUUAAAAUUACCAGUAGUUUUCAGUUUUAUUUUUGUUUGUCAAAAUAAUGACGAAGUUACUAUGGUGCUUCUAUGUAUAUUACAUAAAAUGUUUUCUGAAUAAUAUUUUACAUAUCAGAUAAUUAUAUUGUAAUGAUUAUUUGGAUAUUUUAGCCUCUAAAAGACUGUCCUAUCCAUUCAAAAACCCAGACAUUGUUAUAAAUUCUACUUUGUUUCUGUUUUUAACCUCGUUUUUAAUAAAUUAUAACUUGUCUUUUGAUUACUCAAAUUAGUUUUGGGUACAUCAUAUAUUGUACGUGUUUUUUUUAUUUUCCCUUGCAGUUUAAAUUUUGAAUAUGUAUACCUUUAAGUAAAAAUAUUUUGUAGUAAAGGUUUCAGAUUAUUGAGUCUAAUUUAGACUUGGAAUAAAUCGUAAAGAUAUUUGUUUUGAUGAUGAAUCUGGAAAUGUAAUCAUGUAUUUUGGCAUCUUUUACGACACUUGACAGCUUUAAUAAUGAUAGAACUUACUUCUUUCAAAAACCAAUGUUGUACUAUUAUUUGAUAUCAAUCAGCAAAAGGUAUUCUAAAUCCUUAUUUACUACUUUAACAGUGAUCUUAAAAGCCAGAUUCUAUUCCAACUUUUGCAUGAAACAUUUCUUACAGUUAUUACUUGAGCACCACUCAUGAAAGUGAAUAUAAUUUCUUAUAUGAAAAUCUGUAACCUUGCUCAUGUUCCAUAACUUUUACAAUGAGUAUGCUGUUUCUUGUACUGAAACAAGCUACUGUAUAUGAUGGUGAACAAGAUGACCCCCAUAUAUCCACUGUAUAAGUCAACCAAGAUUUUAUAAUCUUGUAGCAGGAAGAAACAAGAAAAAUCAAUCGCCACCAUGCUAACUACCACAAAACAAUGGAAAAUUACUAAAUGAUGUAAAAUAAAGAGUAGAACAGUUACACUGAAAAA